GUGCCGGAAUAAAUGAAUAUACAAAUAUAUUGAAUCAGCUUUUAAGAGAUGCUUUCGAAGAAGCAAGGCCGAACAAGUCAGAAUUUGAAACUGUUCGUGGCUUCACACAAUUUUUAAUGGGAAAUGUGAAAGAUCCUUCAGAAGAAAUUCCUGCCGAUAUGAUAGCAAAUAAUAAUGACGAAACAAAAGAAAAUAUUCCAGAAGUUAUCCUUGAAGAUGAUGAAAGUAUUUCAGAUAUUCAUGAAGAAGAAGAUAUCCAAAAACAAGUCACUAAUGAUCCUGCAAUAUUAGUUGAUGAAAUAACUGAAAUAAAUAUUAAACCAAAGCUCUUUUUUAAUAUGGAAAAACAAAUGUCCAAAAAGGCCACAAAAGUUGAUAAAAAUUUAAGAAAACUUUGUCCUCAUUUCCAACAUCAUGUAAUAUAUCAAUGGAAUAACAUAAAAGUGCGCUUAUUUCAAUCAAAGAAAAAUCGUGAAAAAAAAGGUGGUUGUGUGACUAUAACGCCAUCAAUGACGACCACAAAACGAAGGAUAAUAUUUUUAGCAGCAGCAUGGCGCAAGAGCACCGUAAAUUUUAUUCCUACAGAGAUUAAUCUAAGAGGCGUUAUCGCAGAUUUAGGAAUUGAUAACCACUUCCGUAUUUUAGAAAUGAUUUUUAUUACCGGUUCUUUAAACGAGAAUGAUAAAAUUAAUGACAUAGAUUUGUUUCUUAAGGGAGGUCAUCGAAUACUUAAUGAUAAAGAAAAACAGGUGGCGGAAAUGCUCAAACAACAAAUCAUUUAUGAUAUUGCUGUUGAAUUAUCAACAAUAU